UUAAGGGAACUGUUUGUAUGGUUCAGACUUCUGAUAAGAAGAGAACACUAUAGAAAGAAAAGGUGAAAGUUUGUACAACACACCACUACACCAUGGGGAGACCUCCUUGCUGUGAUAAGGUUGGUAUCAAGAAGGGACCUUGGACUCCUGAAGAGGAUAUCAUCUUGGUUUCUUACAUCCAAGAACAUGGACCAGGAAAUUGGAGAUCAGUGCCCACAAACACUGGAUUGAUGAGGUGUAGUAAGAGUUGUCGGCUUAGGUGGACUAAUUACCUCAGACCAGGAAUCAAGCGUGGGAACUUCACUUCUCAUGAAGAAGGGAUGAUUAUUCAUCUUCAAGCUCUUUUGGGUAACAAAUGGGCAGCAAUAGCUUCCUAUCUGCCACAAAGGACAGAUAAUGAUAUAAAGAACUACUGGAACACCCAUCUGAAGAAGAAGAUUAAGAAGUUUCAAACAACACUGGACCCUCAUAUGGCAUCAAGUUCAACCACCAGUCUUCCUUCUUCCACAACCUACACUGAGAAAAGGAGCUUUAAUGACUCCACAAACCCUGCCUCUGUCUUGAGAUUGAAUCAAACCACCUCCACUUAUGCUUCAAGCACAGAGAACAUUUCAAGGCUCUUGGAAGGUUGGAUGAGGUCUUCUCCAAAGCCUGAUAAUACUAAUACUACUGUUGGAAAAUCCCAAGAGAUACUGCAACAAAGCAGCAGCAGUAGUAGCAGCAGCAACAUCUGCAACAACAACAACAACAAUGCCAUGGAAACAACUUCUGUCCAGUGUUACCAACCAAAACUUGAACAAGAAAGCUGUGAUCUUGUCUCUCAUGAAGAUUUUGAAUCUCUUCUAUCUCUUGACAACUUGAGCAACAUAGCUUGGGACAAGUCCUUCUGUGACUCUAGUACUUUUCAUGGACCACAAACCACCCAGAGAUUGGAUAAUCAGCCUCUUUUAUUUAUUGAGAAGUGGCUCUUGGAUGAAGCAACAGCACAAGGAGAUGAAAUGGUGGAGCUAUCUUCAAUUUUCUGAUAUCUCCUAAUAAAGCUCUCUUGUCAAGUGUAAGUGACAGAAGAGAAAUGGAAGAACACUUACAGUAUGUAUGACUUAUUGUCUUAUUUUUAGUUCCUGGUAGAGGUUCUCAAAAAUUAGGGCCUCUUAACCAAAUGUAGGUAAUAAGCAGUACUUUAUUUAUGUAAGGUUUAUCAGAGAAUAAAGUAAGUUUUAAUUGUUGUUC